AUGACUGUGAUUGUUACUGGUGCUACAGGCUACAUUGCUCAACACAUAAUCAAAGAGUUAUUAAAGGAAAACUGCAAUGUCAUUGGAACUGUCAGAUCUGAAAGCAAGGGAGAAUAUUUAUCAAGCUUGAUCAAUUCACCAUAUUUCACCUAUGCUGUGGUGCCAAAUAUUAUUGCGGAGGGCGCGUUUGAUCAAUUAUUAACGGAAAACAAUGAUGUUGAUUGCUUCAUUCAUGCAGCAAGUCCUGUUGAUUUUCAAGCUAAAGACAUACAAAAUGAACUUUUGCGACCAGCAAUUGAAGGCACCAAAAACGUUCUCCAUGCAAUUGAGAAAUAUGGCAAUGUAAAGAAUAUUAUUGUUACGUCAUCCACUGCUGCUGUACGUGACUCUAGCGGAAAUAGAGAUCCCGAAAAAUGGAUUAAUGAGCUGACUUGGAACAAGAUCACCUUAGAACAAGGUUUAGUGUCGGCAAGAUUGGGGUACGAUGUUGCAAAGACUUUCGCAGAGAAGGAAGUGUUGAAGUUUGCCGAUAAAAACAAGGGUAUUUUUAAUAUUACCACAGUGAAUCCCACUUUUGUGUUUGGACCUCAAGCAUACGAGGUCAAAUGCAAAGAGAAACUCAAUGAGUCUGCUGAGAUCGUCAAUCGUGUGUUGAAGCUGAAUCCUGCAGAUGAAAUACCACUUCAUGUUGGACGCUUUAUUGAUGUUCGUGACGUAGCAAAGGCACAUGUUGAGGCAAUGAAAAGACCAGAGGAAUUUGAUGGCAAAAGACUAAUUCUUCUCCAUGCCGGAUGCACAAAUGAGUUAAUUGCCAGCAUCAUCAACAAACAUUUCCCAAAUGUCAAUAUUCCGAAGGGACUGUUGGAAAAGCACGAGGAACAAAUGAAAACCGGUGAUAUGAAAUGGGACAACUCCGAGACCAAAGCCCUCUUGGGUUUUGAAUUCAUGUGUGUGGAGGAUUCAAAUAUCGAGACAGUGAAACAAAUUCUUGAUGCAAAGUAA